GUGAAUCAUGCUCCUCACAGGCGGUCAGACGACUUCCAUGCGCACGUGUGUCUUCAGCUGCAUCAUGGUGUUGUGUUUCGCUGGACUUUUCUUCAUGUAUUACAAGCCUCAUAUCAACUUCCCCACUUUUGCCGUUUACACGGAGAGAAGUAACCACUCUUGUGAGUGUCCAGUGGACGCAGUGGAGCAGAGAUCAAACCCCAACUGUUCCUCCGAGCCGCAGAUCGCCCCAACUGUUGUCCAGAAGAUCCAGGAGGACGCUGAGCCCGACACUGUGGUCUUGGUCUGGUUCUGGCCGUUUGGUGCUAGGUUUGAUCUCAGCUGCGACACAUACAACAUCAAAAGAUGCGUCUUGACGGCGGACAAGUCUCUCUAUGAUGAAGCCCAUGGUGUUCUCAUCCACCACAGGGACAUCAGACGGGACAACUUGCCAAAAGAUCCUCGUCCCUGGUUCCAGAAGUGGGUGUGGUUUAACAUGGAGGCACCAACAAACGCACAACAAGUCCCUCACAUUGAUGAAUUAUUCAACUUGACCAGCAGUUAUCGCCUGGAGUCAAACAUCCCUGUGCCUUAUGGACAUUUGGAGCCACGAGCAUCUGGAGAGGAGACUUUCCAAGUGCCACCAAAGGACAAGCUGGUCUGUUGGAUUGUGAGCAACUGGAACCCAAAUCAUAGACGAGUUCAGUUCUACAGUGAAUUGAAAAAACAUGUGAAUAUAACUGUUUAUGGACGAGCUUUUGGAAAACCAGUCAAUGGUGAAGAAUAUAAUCACAUUGUAUCUCGUUGUAAAUUUUACCUGUCCUUUGAAAACUCUGUGCACAAAGACUACAUUUCAGAGAAGUUGUAUCACCCUCUGAUGUUAGGAACUAUACCUGUUACUCUGGGCCCCACAAGGCAAAACUAUGAGGACCAUGUCCCAGGUGAUUCUUUCAUUCAUGUCCAUGACUUCCCCACAGCAAAGCAGCUGGCAGACAGGCUACUUUACCUCGACCGAGAUGAUACUGAAUAUAUGAAAUACUUUGACUGGACAAAAAAGUAUAAAGUUGAAAGGGCAGCGUUUGGUACAACACACGCCUGCAGAACAUGCGCUUACCUACAACAACACAGAGGGUACGAGGCUUCUCGGAAUCUUAAAGAGUGGUUCUGGGGUUAAUGUGAAACAGAUUUAAUGUCACCUCAUGUGCAAGUAGAAGGGAGUUGACAUGGCAUGGUAAGACUGGUACCCAAAAGGUGUGGAGAUGUACAUAUAUAUAUAUAUAUGCAAAUAUAUGCAAAAUAACUGCGCCGUCCUGUGCCGAGGUGUGUCGAGCCGGUGGAUGAACAAACGUGUAUUUCACAGAGCGUUCAGGAAAGAACACGCCCGACCCGACAAUUACAUUUCUGUUCCACUCCCUGGAAACAUGGAAACACAAAAGACAUUAAAAGAUAAUUAUAACUUCAUAAUGAUUGUCAUUUUCAGAUGAUGUAACCUGAACCCAAUGGAGAGCAGGGAGGUACAAAAUAAAAUGAAAAGGUUUCAUUGUU